AUGAAGAUCUUCUCCGUCUUCAGUGCCUGGUCAGCGAUACUGUCGUGUACGACUGUCGUCUCCGCGCAAUCGAGCCCCGACCCGGUUGGCACCAUUUACGAUGGCCAUGUGCCAGCCGAUCUAUACGGAUCCAACUACACCUACCCAUGGCAGGUAAAGCUGUUCAACUUCUCCAAUCAGCGCCAGAAUCUUACAAUGGCGUUUAUGGACAUACCGGCGAACCCCCAUCACAAGAAUAAGAAGACAGCGGUUUUGCUGCACGGAGGGAACUUCUGCGGUGUCACUUGGUUCGACACGGCGCGGCGCAUGUCGGCCGCCGGCUACCGAGUGAUCUUGCCCGACGACAUUGGCUUCUGCAAAUCAAGCAAGCCGCAAGGCUAUUCUUACAAUGUACAACAGCAGGCGUUGAACAUCAACAGCCUACUCACUGCGCUAGGCAUCGAUCAGGUCACCUUGAUCGGACAUUCGAUGGGUGGCAUGAUCGCCGCCCGCUACGGCCUCAUGUACCCGGAAACUAUUCAUCAGCUUAUCCUCGUCGAUCCCCUGGGGCUAGAGGACUGGGUGGCCAAAGGCGUACCCUAUUUGUCAAUUGACGCAACGUACGAGAGCCAGGUUGUGCAAAACUUUACCACUCUCAAAGAAUAUGAGCAGGCCAGCUACUUUCACAAUGCGACCUGGAAGCCUGCGUAUGAUACCUGGGUCCAUAUGCUAGCCAACAUCUAUUCCAGCGACUUUGGUUCCGACUAUGCAUACGUGAUGUCCCUCGUCACCGACGCCUUACUCUCCCAGCCUGUGAUCUACCAGCUGCCUCUCCUGCAGACACGUACCUACCUCAUGGUAGGAGAUGACGACGUUACGGCGCUUGGCAAAGCAUGGUCAUCCCCCGAUGUCGCAGCGAAGCUGGGCCAUUACGAUGAACUUGGUCCUGCUGCCGCAGCCAUGAUCCCCAACUGCACGUUCCACAUGUUCCCCGGUCUAGGCCAUGCGCCCUUCCUUCAGGACCCCGAAGCAUUUUACGAGGUGUUAUUUUCUUGGCUGGACUAG